CGCCCCUCCCGGAGGUGCCGCCGGCUGCGGUGGCGGGCGCUGCUGGUGCGUUGGCGGCGCGGGGCACGGUGCAGAGGACAGGGGCAGCCGCCGCCUCAGCAUGGUGCCGUCCAGCCCCGUCCCGGGAGAGAGGCGGCGUCAGCCCAGGGCGGCGGCAGCGGGGAAGGCGCAGCGCGGAGCUGGGGCCCGCGGCGCCGGCAGGUGCUAGGUGCGGGGCGUGUGCCCGCCCGAGCCGCGCUGCCUGGCCGCUCUCGGGCUCGGCUGCGGUGGAGGCCACUUGUGCACAGGCGGCGGGAUCCGCCAGUCCCGGGCCGGGAGCCGGCCGCUGCCAGGUGCGUGCGGCCGUGAGCAUGCCCGCCUCGGCUCCGCCGCCCUGCCACCCACCUGCCGGGGAGCGGCCAGCCCAGCCGUAAGGAGGGGCCGCCCUGCCUGCCGCCGGAGCCCUGCCCGCCGCCGGAGCCCUGCCCUCCCAGCCCCCGGUGACCUGACCUCGCCUCCUCUCUGUGUUCCCGCGGGGGCCGGCGUGAGAGAGCCGGGCUCAGCCCGCCCCAGGCUGCCCGGCUACUUGCCCAGGUGACCAGCUGGGAUCCCCGGACUUGCCCGCAGCCUUCCCGGGAGGGCGCCUCUCCCGCCCGCCCGCCGCCCGGGCUCCGGAGCAUCUGUUGCUGACUGAACAGCCUGGCCCCGAUGGAUGCAGCCGCCCUCGCCAGCCCCCGCCCGCCAUGCCCUUCGGGCUGAGCCCCCCGGCGCUGGGGCCGUUCCUUACGGGGGAGCUCCGCGCCCGUCCCUGCCUCGGGAGCCCCCAUCGCGCAGCCCCCCAUCCGAGCUCUCGCGUUACACUGCUGCUGGCUGCCAUGGGGCUGGGGCCAGCUGCCUCCUAGGUGCCGGCGCUCGGCUUCGGACUGCUGUGCAUCCUCUCCCCGCUGCCGGGGCCUCGUCUCCCCUCCCCGCUGCACUCCAGGGUCGGCCCCGGGGGCUGCCGUCCUCCCCCGCCCCCUGCCUCUGCCGUGAGCGCUCGUCCUGGUCCGCUCCCCGCCGUCUCUCCCUCUCCCCGGCCGUGCGGAAACCUGCCGUGACUCCGCGGGGGAGGCGGAGCGGGGGGAACAUGGAAGAGAAGCGGCAGGCGCAUCAGGUUGAAAUCGACCCGGAUUUUGAACCCCAGAGCCGGCCCCGUUCCUGCACCUGGCCGCUGCCUCACCCCGACUUCCCCGGGGAGGAGGAGGACGGAGGCGCGGCGGCAGCCGGUGGCUCCCGAGCCCCCGCGGCCGGCGGAGCGGCAGAGGGCUCGGAGAACACGGGAGCCGUGGCGGAUCGCAAAGCCGCUUCGGCGCUGCCUUCGCUGGGGGCGGAUGUUGGACAGCUCCGCAAGGCGAAGAACUCGCGGCGCAAUGCCUGGGGCAACCUGUCCUACGCGGAUCUCAUCACCAAGGCCAUCGAGAGCUCCCCGGAGAAGCGGCUCACCUUGUCCCAGAUCUACGACUGGAUGGUCAGAUACGUCCCCUACUUUAAGGAUAAAGGAGACAGCAACAGCUCUGCCGGCUGGAAGAACUCGAUUCGGCACAACCUGUCCCUGCACACCCGCUUCAUCCGCGUGCAGAACGAGGGCACCGGUAAGAGCUCCUGGUGGAUGCUGAACCCCGAGGGCGGCAAGACGGGCAAGCCGCCGCGGCGGCGCUCAGUGUCCAUGGACAACAACAGCAAGUUCCUGCGCAUCAAAGGGAAAGCCAGCAAGAAGAAGCAGCUGCAGGCGACUCAGGAGCGUGGGGAGGAGAGCCCGUCCUCUCAGCAGGCCAAGUGGUCCGAGAGCCCUGCCUCCCACGCCAGCGAUGAGUAUGACGCCUGGGCCGACUUCCGGACACGGGCCAACUCCUCGGCCAGCUCGCUGGGCGGGCGCCUCUCCCCAAUCAUGUCCAGCCACGAGCCGGACGAGCUGGAAGAGGAGGACGGCACCCCGUCCUCCCCGCUGAUGUACCCCAGCCCCUCCAGCACCAUGUCGCCCUCCCUAAGCAGCAGGUGCUCCGUGGAGCUGCCCCGGCUGACCGACCUGACCGGCACCAUCAGCCUGAACGAAGGGCUUGGCGAGAGCCUGCUGGACGAUCUGCAGGACAACUACAACAUGAGCCCUUCGCAGCCGCUGCCCUCGGGCGGCCUCAGGCAGAGGAGCUCCAGCUUCACCUUCAACUCCAAGUGCUCGACGCUCGCGGCAGCCACCAGCACCUACUGCGGGACCAUCUACAGCCAGCCCGCCAUGAACCUGCUGCGGCGCCUGCCCAUGCAGACCAUCCAGGAGAACAAGCAAGCUACCUUCUCCCCCGCCGGCUCCUACCGGAAUGCCUCGCUGCAGGACCUGCUCUCCUCCAUCUCCUACGCACACAAGGAGAGCAUGGCUCAGGGCGAGCUGCCCAUGGCCCAGGCCAGCGUCCUGGCACCGGCCCGCAGCCACAGACAGAGCGCCCUCGUGUGCGGAGGCGGGGAGCUGGGCUUGUCCUCUUACCCCGCCCACUCGGCCUCCCUCAUGAAGAGCAACACUUUGUACCACCCGUCACCAGCCAGCCACCACCCUGCUGUCAGCAACAGUGCCUUACCCACUCCGAUCAGCCUUAUGAGCUUGCCUAGUGACUCCUGCAGCCUGGCAGCCAUGCCCCACCACGGGCAUCUCCAUCCCUACGUCAAUACCCAAGGGGCACACAUGAGCUUGCUGGAUUCCCUCCAGGGCCCUUACCCAGGGGCGAUCCACCCCCCUGUUUUGGGCCAGGACAGGUUCCCAGCAGACCUUGACCUGGACAUGUUCAACGGCAGCUUGGAGUGCGACGUGGAGUCCAUUAUCCUCAAUGACUUUAUGGACAGCGACGAGAUGGACUUCAACUUCGACUCGGCCCUGCCCCCGCAGAACGGCCUCAACAUGGCCACGCUGCCCAGCGCCCCCCAGCCCCCCAACCAGAGCUGGGUGCCUGGCUGAGACGAAGCCAGACGCUCCCCACCAAGGAGUCACAUGGGGAACAGUGACACAGACUUUUUUUUUCUUUCUCUUCUGCCUUUAUUUGUUCUGAUGGGCUAGAGCCAUCUGUUAAACCUGAGAGCCACCCUGAGCACAAGCCGCAGGGUGACCGAGCCGUCCGGGCGCAGGACACAGCCCCGCCAGGCAGUGCAGAGCUGGGGUUCACCCGCACUGAUGUGUGCACCAGACUAGCUAGCUCAGGCUGUGCUGGGGAGCCCCAGGCCCACGCCAGUUCUCUCCCUAGCACAUCGGGUGUGGGCGCAAAGGCAGCCUGGAGCCCGUCGUGCCCUGUCCCUCCUCCGCCCUUAGCGGGGUUCCCAGGUGAGGCAGUGCAGAGGCUGGGCCCAAGGCAUUCGCAUUUGUCAGAAUAAGCUUUCCAAAUGGCCCCACCUUUUGUGCUCCUUUGGUUUGGUUCUCCCGGCUAGCUACAGGGGGUGGCAGCCCUGGAGCAGAGGCCCUUGGUUUCCAGGGCUGCUGCAGCCAUCAGGAGCGGUUGGCUGGCUCCCCCCAGCAGUCAGCGUUAGCGUCAGCCUGCAGCCCCUUCCACCCACUCACCCGGCAGCAAACCAGUGGAUUUCCGUGUACUGUGUAAGCCUGUUCUAGAACCUGAUAUAACCCCGGGGUAGCUGGAGAGCCAGGGAAAGCCUCUGAACUCUGGAGCUAGCAGCUGGGGCCGCCUGCUGGCAGCACCCACGCGCACGGGGCUCUCUCCAGAGUUUACUUCUGGAUUCUGAGCCAGUUUGAUCUCAGCCAACUUUGGGGAUGGCCACGUUUUCAAUCAUCAGUGCCUGCAAAAAUCCCAACCCGCCGACGACUGGCAGCUGUCUGUGUGCAACAUGCACUGUGCCAUGCACAGUCGGUGCGUGCGUGGGCAGGGACACAGGCGUGCAUGCCCUGAACUGGCUUUGCAGGUGUGGGUUUUGCAGGCCCAGGGGCCUGUGGGGGGCUCUGUUGGGAGAGGCAUGCUGCUAGCCUGGAUCCCUGCUGGAGAGGUAGGCAGGGGGAAGUUGAAGGGGGGGGGGAGUUAUUUAUUUGAUUUUAUGCACUCUCUUGCCAUUGAAUAAUCACCUUGUUAGAAGAGCAAACGGGCGAGCCGCGGUGGGAGCUGGGGAGGCAGUCUGCAGGCAGUGCAUGCUCGCGGGAGAUGGCAGUUAAUAUCAGGGAUAUGCGGAGGGCUGGGAGAUGAUUGCAAAACCUGGAUCUGGCUUGCGAUGCGGAACAUCCCCAGAGUUUGGGCUGCUCAGUGCCAGGGCACUGGACCUCCCCAUUGGACUUGGGGUUCAAACACCUGCUUCCCUCUGCAGAGCGCACUGUGCUCCUGCAUUUUCACGACCAGCAGACCCUUCCCUCCCCCACCCCAGGGGUCGGUGUGCAGGCUCUGGGCAGGGGCCCGGGGCUGCCAGGCUGCCAGGCAAGGGAGAGGUGCUAUUGCUGCCCACAGCAGGGAGCCACUGGGGCUAGCUGUCAGGCAGCCUGCUUUGCCAGCACUGCCCACCUGAGCUGGGCGGGCCGGGCCAGCCGUGCAGAGCGCACGGCCUUUGGGGAGGAUCCUUCCCAGUAAGUGAGAAGGGCCCAGAAGAGCCAGGAGUGGCUGGCAGCUGCAGUGCAGGCACAGCUGGGCAGUGAGCUGUGCUGGCCCCAUGCCGGGCAGGAAUCCCCACCCAUCGGCUUGUGUUCAGCAACCGCCGGCCUGAGGCAGACCCAGAGCCCCAGGGCAUCUCCAAACUGCCCAGGACCUUGUAGACAGUCCCUGGCUCUCUAACAAGUCGAGCCCAAACACUGUCUGAGCCCUGGGGCUGGAGCCUUUCCUUGGGUUCCUUAACCAGGGCCCGGCUCCUGGCUCUGAAAUGAAGACACGUUGUUUCCGCUGCGCUUUGCUCUGGGCUCCCUGGUCGUUGGACCCUGAGCCUCUAGCAACCAGGGGUGAGAACCGAGGUUUCUGUGAAGUCUGACUGUAGGACACAGGCCUGGCGCUUCCCA